GUCUAAUUAUGGACAACCAUCAGCUAUGUUUUGGUAAUUAAUUGUUUGUCAGGAUAAAUCUACUGAAAACACGCCACUGGAUUAAAAACAAUAAAAAAGAAAAGAAAAACGUUGCAUUCAAUUUUCGUGAAGAUGGGAUUACACUGGAAAUAUCAGAGGAGAGCUGCUGCUGUCAUCAGCUUGCAGAACUCAGAGUGAGAAAGCUUCAGACAGGACAGCGUUCCGGUUACAAAAACAAUGGCAAAAGUCUACAGUGAAAACAGGAUGGACGACCAGCUGGCUGUUGUUGAAAAUGGGGACAGCAGGGCCCACUCUCUUUGUGAAGACAACUCCGAUGGAGCUCUGUCCUCAAAAUCCCACAGGGACUCAGGCGCCACAUCAAUGGCCAGGCUGUCUUACUUCUUCCUCAUGCUGCGAAACUGGACAUCUUACAGGAUGAAUUCCACAGAAGAGAGGCAAGACUCAUUUCUAGAGCGCUUCAGAGACCUCAGACACAAAGAUGGAGAGAGCAAUGGCCCAUGCGUGGGCCAUAACAGCACACUCCAAAAUAGAAAUCUCACCAAUAAGUGGCCUCUAGCCACUUACAACAUGAAUAACUGCAACAACACAGAUGACAAAAAAGAAGACAAAAAAGAUGAAAUUAAGAAAGAUGAGAAAAAGGAGGAGGAGAAAAAAGAUGCAAAGGAUGAGGACAAGAAGGAAGAGGAGAAGAAGGAUGAGAAGAAGGAAGAGAAGAAAGAUGAGAAAAAGGAUGAGAAGAAGGAUGAGAAAAAGGAUGAGAAGAAGGAUGACAAAAAAGAUGACAAAAAGAAGGCGGAGCCCCCGAAAGAUAUCUGGAUUAUGGAUCCAGCUGCAGACCAGUACUACAAAUGGCUGACCGUCAUCGCAGGCCCAGUAUUUUAUAACCUGAUGAUGAUUGUAACGAGGUCCUGCUUCAAUGAACUCCAGGAAUCAUACACAAAGCUCUGGAUAGUCUUGGACUACACCGCAGACUUUGUCUACUACGCGGACACAUUUGUCCGAUCAAGAACAGGUUACCUGGAACAAGGCCUGCUGGUAAAAGAUUCCAAGAAACUGAGAGACAAAUACAGAACAACAUCUCAGUUCAAGUAUGACAUGAUUUCGAUGAUUCCCACUGAUCUGUUGUUCCUGCAAUACGGAUUCAACAAUCCGGAGUUCCGAAUGAACCGUCUCUGCAAAAUGCCGAGGCUUUUUGAAUUCUUUGAGCGGACUGAGACCAGAACCAGCUUCCCGAACAUGUUCCGUAUCAGCAACCUCGUACUUUAUAUCCUCGUCAUUAUCCACUGGAACGCUUGUCUGUUCUUUGCUUUAUCAAAAACCAUUGGUUUUGGGUCAGACACUUGGGUAUAUCCCAAUAUCAGCCACCCAGAACAUGGCCGCUUGGCAAGAAAGUACAUCUACUCCCUUUACUGGUCCACACUAACCCUCACAACCAUUGGAGAGACCCCCCCACCAGUCAAGGAUAUUGAAUACGUCUUUGUCAUUGCAGAUUUUCUCACCGGCGUGUUGAUUUUUGCUAGUAUCGUCGGUAACGUAGGUGCCAUGAUUUCCAACAUGAAUGCAUCUCGUGCUGAGUUCCAGGCGAAGAUCGACUCCAUAAAGCAGUACAUGCAGUUUCGAAAGGUCACCAAAGACCUGGAGGCCAGGGUCAUCAAAUGGUUUGACUACUUGUGGACCGAGAAGAAGACUUGCGAUGAGAAGGAAGUUUUGAAACACCUCCCUGACAAGCUCAAAGCUGAGAUCGCUAUCAACGUCCAUCUGGAUACGCUGAAGAAAGUGCGAAUCUUCCAGGACUGCGAAGCUGGACUGUUGAUUGAAUUGGUGCUCAAGCUGCAGCCACAAGUGUUCAGUCCUGGAGAUUAUAUCUGUAAGAAGGGCGAUAUCGGCAGGGAGAUGUAUAUCAUCAAGGAGGGAAAGCUAGCAGUGGUGGCCGAUGAUGGAGUCACCCAGUUUGUGGUGCUCAGCGAUGGUGCAUACUUUGGAGAAAUCAGUAUCUUAGGUAUCAAAGGUAGUAAAGCAGGCAACAGACGAACGGCCAACAUCAGGAGUGUUGGUUACUCUGAUCUUUUUGCGUUGUCUAAAGACGACUUGAUGGAGGCACUCACUGAGUAUCCAGACGCCAAGAAGGCCCUGGAAGAGAAAGGCAAAGCCAUCCUGAUGAAAGACAACCUGAUAGAUGAGGCGGUUGCAAAUGCUGGUGCCGACCCCAAAGACCUGGAGGAGAAGAUAGUCAAGCUGCAGGGCAACCUGGAUGAUAUGCAAGUGAAGUUCGCCCAGCUGAUGGCGCAGUUUAUCUCUAACCAGACAAGGAUGAAGCAGAGGGUCACCGUCAUGGAGGAAAAAGUGAAAUCUGUAAAGCCGGAGGACCUCUCUGAAGUGGUGGCUGAUAAAGAUAAAAAAGUCCAGUGAUAAUAUUUACCAGAGAACUCUAAAGUGACAUUUCCUUACUUUAUGUACUUCAUGUAAAUGCCCAAAUUUCUAUCUAUUUAUACAUCAUAUUUAUUAUUAUCAUAAUGUGUCAAAUUGUGUACAGUGUAUGCAGCGAUCAUGUUUUUCUCUACACUGACAUCCAGUUUCAUCUUGUCAUGAAACAACUGGAGUAUUUUGAUCAGAAGCAUGUAUGUAUGCCAAAAAUGGCUUUUCAUAGCCUUAGAAGAAUGUCUUUUUUGUCUUGGUCAGUAUUCAUGUUGUCCCAGAAAAUGAAAUCAUCUGUAAAGUAAAAGGCAGUUUUUACACUGGCUGCAUUUGAUGCUGUGUGAGAAUGUACAAAUAAACUAA